AACAGCGUCGUCUUGUGUUAACCAGCCCGGUUAUCGCAACGGCAGAAGUUAGGCACUUCGUGAAGGGAAGAUGGUCGAACUAGCCCUGCAGAUUCAAGUAUACUGACUAUAAAUACUUGCCAAAGUUCAUAUCUGGUUCACCAAUGACACCAAGUAUCUUUCGUUGCCUGGCUAAACUCGCCAGCUGUGACAGUUGGCAACCAGCUGACAACGCAGUGCCCACCGACACUGAUAGGUAUUUAAACAGAAAAAACAAUCGUAGAUAAACAAUAAGGUCACAUGGAACAAGAGACGUGUUCUGUAUUGGGCUACGACUCCUUCGAUAGUUGUGUUGUGGAUAGUGAGUUCGUUCUCGAGAUGGGCUCUGUCCGCGAAAAUAGCAGCCCUCAGAGAAGGCAAAUAACCGAGUCUCCGAGGCCACAAUCAUCUACCGUUAGAAGAAUGAAGUCCUUUAGACCAUCGUCACUUUCUCCAAAGAAAACCCCCUCCAAGCAACCACUUCAGAUUCGAAUGAAUCUGACAGAAUCACAAAUGGACAAGAUCACCGAUUCUUUCACAGCCAAAAUUCAAGCUUUCGCGGUUGAACAAGAUCAGCCCAAAGGUUCGACUGGCAUGACGCGGGAUUCAGUCUCAUCAGCUCCAGCUUCUGGCACCAUUGCUUCCUACACUUCUACUAGCCCAUUGGAUGUUUCAACCCGACCUACAUCACAUGGUAGACCUGCAAAUAUUGCACACCGACGACAGAAAACAUCACCUACACCUCUUCAGAUCUUAAGCCCUUCAAUGGGAUCUUCGACACUUCGUCGCCCCCCAUUGGAGCGAAUGGACACUCUACAAUCUCCACUGACGUCUCGAGUCGUCAAAGAAGACCAACAGCGUUUGACUGAAGAAAAGUCUAUGGCUCAUGACAGUAAGCUAGAAGUUUCACCGCUAGAGCUUCCGGUACGCCGCACCUCAGUGGGGGUUCCAAAACGGAACGAUUCUUUGUACAAUACCCACGGCCAUUGGGCCCAAAUUGCAGCAACGGGUUUCAGUCCCAGUAGUCCAACCACCCAUAAUUUACAACGAACGGCCUCGCAGCGCGAGGUAACCCUCGAGGUCAAGCCCUCGCCUGCAGAUAAUAGAUCUCAAGUGGGACGAUUUACCAACCUUCCUACCGGCAGUGUCCAAAGUCCGCUUUUCUCGCCACUUUCUCUAUACUUCCGUACCCAAGAUCUCCGGCACGUAAAAUUAGGCCAGAAGAUAUUGAUUGGUAAAAAUGGCUGGCUAGAGCGACCAGAUGAAAGUCUGGCUUCUGAUAGGAAGGCGUCACCAGCCAAGCAUCGGAAUGGGAUAUUCGACAGUAUUCGAAAAGUUGCAAGAGACAUAACGGACUUAAAUCCCCAUAAGAGAGCUCAGUCAGUGUCCAGGUUUGCAAACGUCUCGCACACGCCUAUUUCUCUCGACACCCGAGAACAGAGCUUACUUUAUUGUGAGCUAGAGUAUCACUUGACAGGGUCUUUGAACGACUUUAUCGCUCUGGAGCUGGAGAAGGGUCAUUUGAUUCCGGACAAUUUCAAAAAAAUUGCGGACCGAUGGAGCCAACAAGGACGAGCACGGGUCGUCGGGUUUCGCUUCGAUCUAGAAACCCAAAUCGAUCUUAUUCUGCUCCACCUCAAUGAGUUUUCUUUUACAGGCAUACGCCAGGGCCAGCCUUCCGAGAUUGCCAGAGUCCUGGGGCAGAUGAAAUCAAAUGCAAGAGAGAUGCGCAUCCGGACCUUUUGUCAACCCGAUUCCACUGUUGAGCGACACCUUACAGAUGCCCAAGCUUUGUUUGAGACUAUUCAAAUAUCUGAAGCGGCCAAGACAGCCAUGGCGGAGAUCAUAAACUUCUUUCAGGCCAUUGUGGAGCGAGAGCAUACCAAACGUCGCUAAGUUAUGCCUUUUGUUAUUAUUUUAAUAACGUCAAACGAUGUUAUAGAUUGUGUUCAUUGUAGGUAGCAUUGUAAAAUUAAAGUCAGAGCUUAAAUUCGAGACACAUUCAAUAACCGCUAUUCCCG